UUAUUUUGAAGGUUUUGACCGGAAGAUGUGUUUAAUUCCAGACCAGAACCAAAAUAUGAAUCACUACUUGGUCACUUUCGCUGUCAUUUGGACCCAGCCAUGUCGAACAAUAGCGCCGCAAACAGCAGUUUAGUCCUCGCCCAGAAGGCAGUGAAACAGCUUCGUCUCGAGGCCAGUGUCCGUCGGAUAAAGGUCUCUCAGGCCGCUGCAGAACUGAAGACCUUCUGUUUGCAAAAUGCCCACAAAGACCCUCUCCUCACUGGGGUGCCCUCCAGUGAUAACCCAUUCAGGCCUCCCAAGUCAUGUGUCCUCCUCUGACGUGUGAGUGGAUUUGAAGGAGUGCAAAACACUCAAACAGAUGCCUAUAAUGUGGAUUUCUGUCAUGUGCCUGCUGCCUCGGAAGAUAAAGAAGUCAAGACCCCCCCCCCACACACACACACACACACACAGAAAUACAUAAAUGUAUAUUUUGAUGUUAUGCUCUUUCAGGAGCUCUAUACUAUGUUAGAUUUACACAACAGGCCUUAAUGCUUAUUCUGUUUUGAUAACUAUAUCCGUAAACCAUAUUUUUGACCCCUGAUUUUAUAAUAGAACUACAUUUUUUUUUUUUUACUGGUUGUUAUUGUGACAAAUAUCACGGAGUUGAUGACUGAAAAAGCCCUAUGACAGUCACAAUGGCAGACACCAGAUUUCUAUCUAAUUUAUUUCUAUUUAUGAACGUUGCCCAAAGCAGAAAUGAAAACACAACAGAAUUGGGUCGGUUUACACCACCUGCAUUGACAUUUUUUUUCAAAGUAGAAGGCACAGAGACAAUUCACACAAAUCUAAAUGAUUUUUUUGAGCAAACAUAGCCUACUUUAUAAAGCAAAAAUAAAGCUUUGGUAGGGAAAUGAGGAUGGGUAAUGCUUAUCUUGCUGCUCACAUUGUGUUAUACAUAAAAAAUUAUCAUGUGUUUGUUUUUGUCACCUGUCUGAAGCUGGAUCUGGCGUGAAUGUUUGCAUCUGAGUUUUUCUUUUACAAAUAACAAUAUUUAACUUUUAUUUCACUGCAAAUUAUUUUUUUCUGGUAAAUAAGAUAAAUGUUAGCUUCAAGCGCUUGUUUUCCCAAGAUGUCAUUAUCUGAUAUCACAUGAGCAUAGAAGCAUACUUAUGUUUGAAACAUAAAUGUGACCUUACUAAAGUACUAUUGA